AUGGGAAUGUGGGAGGAAGCGAGUGACCCAGUGAUGGGGAAGAAGGAUAAAAAUGAGGAGCGGAAGGAGAGAAUCCUGAAUCUCACACUGGAGAUUAUCUAUCUGCUGACUGGAGAGGGCUACGUCAUCCCUAAGAAGAAGAGCCCAACUGUGGGUUUGGGGGCCCUGCAUGCCCCUGGCUCCGUCAUACAGAAGGAAAAUGACAAGAAGAUCCUGGAACUCAUCUCCAACAUCAUCCAGCUGCUGACUGGAGAGGUUGCCAUAAGGUGUGAGGAUGUUUCCAUCUAUUUUUCCUUGGAGGAGUGGGAGUAUAUAAAAGGAAACAAGGCCCUUUACAGGGAAGGGAUAAAGGAGGAGGAGGAGGAGCCCCAGCAGCUCCGCCCACUGGCCUGUGAGUAUAAAGAUGGGAGCGAUGUUACAGCACAUACGGAAGCAACUUUAUGUUGUAAUAAUGAUGGGAAUCUCACAAACCCUGAUGUUUCUUCAGCGGAACAGCCCCCACCAGCCAAUGGGAUUAAAGAGGAAGAGGCUUCAUGGGAAGGGGGAAACCAAUCAGAUUGCAGCAUUAAUCCCCUUACAGAACAGAUACAGGGAACAGACACACCUACUCCUAUCAUUGGGUGCAGCCUGAAUAACAGCUCGGCCGAUAAUUAUGCAUCAAAUUAUGUAAAAGAGGAGUUAAUGUCUCCAUGGGAAGGGGGAAGCCAAUCAGAUUGCAGCAUUAAUCCACAAACAGAACAUAUACAGGGAACAGACACACCUAUAAAACAUACAUUAAAUGGGAAAUACAGCUGCAAUGAGUGCCAUAUACAUUUCAGUAAUAAAAGAGACUUUGAUAAACAUCUACAAACCCACAAAACGGAGAAACCUUUUCCUUGUCCUGAAUGUGGGAAAUGUUUUACGACUUCAUCAGAACUUACUGUCCAUCAAAGGCGAACCCACACAGGGAAGAAACCAUUUUCUUGUUCUGAAUGUGGGAAAUGUUUCUCAUAUCGAUCCAAUUUUGCUCGUCAUCGAAGGACUCACACAGGGGAGAAACCUUUUCCUUGUCCUGAAUGCGGGAAAUGUUUUAUGACUUCAUCAGAACUUACUGUCCAUCAACGGCGAACCCACACAGGGGAGAAUCCGUUUUCUUGUUCUGAAUGUGGGAAAUGUUUUGCCGCUUUAUCAAAACUCACUAUCCAUCAGAGAACCCACACAGGGGAGAAACCGUAUUCAUGUUCUGAAUGUGGGAAAUUUUUCACACACGCAUCGAGCCUUACUCGUCAUCACAGAACUCACACAGGGGAGAAACCUUAUUCUUGUUCUGAGUGUGGGAAAUGUUUUAUGACUUCAUCAGAACUUAAUGUCCAUCGACGAACCCACACAGGGGAGAAACCAUUUUCUUGGUCUGAAUGUGGGAAAUCUUUCUCAUACCAAUCUCACGUCAAAGUUCAUCACAGAACUCACACAGGGAAGAAAACUUUUACCUGUUCUGAAUGUGGGAAAUGUUUGUCAAGCAAAGCACAACUUAGAAUCCAUCACAGAACCCACACUGGCGAGAGACCUUAUGUUUGUUCUGAGUGUGGGAAACGUUGUACCACUUCAUCAGAACUUAGUGUCCACCGGAGAACCCACACAGGGGAGAAACCCUAUUCUUGUUCUGUAUGUGGGAAAUGUUUUACACAAAGCCAUAAUCUGAAAAUACACUUUCAGAUUCACACAGGGGGGAAACCAUAAGCUUGUUGUUAGAGGAGACAUAUUCUAUAAAAAUUAAGAAUGUACCAGUGAAUUAUACUCCUCUAGAUAUAGAAGGAUUGUGCUUAAAACAAAAAAGUUGU